GUCAACGUCUUCGUUUUGAUGAAACGCCGAGAUUCUUCUUCAACCUUAAUCACAUUUACGAUUUUCUAAAAUUCAGGUGUUUUGUGUGAAAGUUACUUUAUAUUUACAAUCCAUAAGCAUAAAUAUGUACAAACACAGUUUUUUUUAUUUUUUAUUUCUUGCAACUGUCGUUCAGAAAUGUUACGCGUUGAAAGAAGGCGAAUGCGAGGUUUGUAUAAAAACAGUGGAUAAAUUUGCAGCGACGUUAUCAGACAAUAUUAAAAAGGACCCAAAAUUAAUAGAGGCCGAAUUUAAAACAUUCUGUAAAGGGUCAAAGAAUAAAGAGAACAGAUUUUGCUACUAUUUAGGUGGACUAGAAGAGUCUGCCACCGGCAUCCUUGGUGAGCUAUCGAAACCCCUUAGCUGGUCAAUGCCCAGUGAUAAAAUUUGUGAAAAAUUGAGGAAAAAAGAUGCGCAAAUCUGCGACCUUCGUUUUGAAAAGCAAAUUGACUUAAAUAAUGUUGAUUUAAAGAAAUUGAAGGUUAGAGAUUUAAAGAAAAUUCUGAAUGAUUGGGAUGAAAACUGUGAUGGUUGUAUAGAAAAAACAGACUUCAUCAAGAGGAUAGAAGAACUUAAGCCCAAAUACAUGGGUAGAUCUGAUCUGUAAUAGUUAAAAUACAGUAGAUAAAUUAACUCAAGACUUUGUGAUACAUCAUCAUAGACCUGUGGGAGUGUAUUUGAAGUGUUUAUCUUUACUAUUUGAAUGAAUGUUGCGUGCAUACACAGUAAAUUAUUGUAAUCUAAGUACAUAUUUUUCAUAA